AUGGGAGGGGUGGAGGGCCGACCGGUGGAGUACCAGGCGCUGCGGCCGCCGCAAGACGCGGAGCCAGCGCUGCCCAGGUCGGAGCGCGUGGGCAAGGCGUCGCAGCACGUGCCCCCGGGGCCGCAGCGGAGUGUUGAGGAGGCCAGGGACACUGUCAGGGGCGGGUCCGAUCAGGACGACAGCCUGAGGGAAUCCCUGCGCCAGACCGCGCGCGACGCGGGCGAUGUGCUGGCCGCGGCCCCCCAGGCCGCGGCGUCGGCGGCGUCGACCGCGGCGGAGAUUGCGGGCGGGGUGGUGGAGCAUGUGACAGGGCGCUCCAAGGAGGGCCUGAGCCCGCCCGACCCCUCGACUUCCUCCGGCGACCGCGACGCGUCGUCGACGCGCGCCGCCGCGGCCGCGAGCGUGCCGGGCGCGAUGGGGGAGACGCACGCGGCGCAGCUGGAGCGGCUGGCUCAGGGGGGCAGGCGGCCCGCUCACGAGCGGGAGACGCUCACUGACAAGAUCCUGGAGCCCAUCACGCGCGACACGUUCGACGAGGAGCGCGCGAAGGAGCUUGCCACGUCUUACAAGAACUACAAGGCGAAGCAGGCCCAGGGCGGCCAGGAGCAGGACACGGCCACGCCGCAGCCUGG